CUCUCUCCAUCUGGCACGUUUCUUCUUUCCCUUCGCACUCAUCCGUCGUUAUAAGGAUUUGCAGUAAACGUCGCUCUGUACAGCAGCUAUGUCGAGUCUUAAGCGAUCUGAGCCAUUUUUAUAAACCCUUUUUCUAUUGUGUUAUACAGGGGGGAAAACGUCUUCAGGGCAUCGGAGCAAAGCUGAAAAGGAUCGAUAAGCUUUAUAUAUAUAUAAAAAAAGAUCCAGCUAUGGAGCAGUCUCAGUCAUGGAGACACAUAGCCUUCUUCUUUCUUGGCAUUUGGGUUCCAUCAUGCUGUGCUCAGACGACAUCCACUGUCCGCCCAAGUCCCACCCCAACGGUCAAGUCACCUGAGCAUCUAAAGUUUAGACUUGCUGGUCAUCCACGAAAGCACAAUGAGGGCCGAAUUGAGGUUUUCUAUAAGGGGGAAUGGGGAACCAUCUGUGAUGAUGACUUCUCACUGGCCAAUGCUCAUGUGCUCUGUCGCCAGCUCGGGUUUGUCUCUGCUACAGGCUGGGCCCACAGCGCCAAGUACGGCAAGGGAGCAGGUAAGAUCUGGUUAGAUAAUGUGCAGUGCAGUGGCAGUGAGAGGAGUAUAUCGGUGUGUAAGUCUCGUGGAUGGGGCAACAGUGACUGUACUCAUGAUGAAGAUGCUGGGGUGAUCUGUAAGGAUGAGAGGCUGCCAGGAUUUGUUGACUCCAACAUCAUAGAGGUGCAGGUGGAUGAAAGGAAUGUGGAGGAGGUGCGUCUCCGGCCGGUGGUGUCAAGCAAGCGGCUGCCAGUGAUAGAGGGAGUGGUGGAAGUAAGAUAUAAAGACAACUGGGCCCAAAUCUGUGAUAACGGCUGGACACCUAAAAACUCAAGAGUUGUCUGUGGAAUGAUGGGUUUCCCUCAUGAGAGGAAGGUCAACAAGAACUUCUACAAACAACUCAGAAAGAGAUCCGCUGAGCCAAAAGUCAAAAUUAGAGUAAAAGCAAACAGGCAAGAAGCCAAAGCUAAAGCUAUAACUAAAGCUAGCUCUAAGUCUAAACCUGGCAACUCGGGCACAGCCAAAAGACUAUAUGCAGAGCGGCAGAAGAAUUACUUCUUGGUUCACUCUGUGGCAUGUUUAGGCACAGAGGUUCACCUAGCUGCCUGUCCUUUGGAGUUCAACGCGGCCAAUGCCACAGACAAAUGCCCAGGUGGCAUGCCUGCUGUUGUCAGCUGUGUGCCUGGACCAGAAUAUGCCCAAAACCGUGCCAUGAAGAAAAAACUCAAAUCCUCGAGUACAGUGCGUCUAAAAGGUGGAGCAAAGCCUGGAGAGGGCCGUGUGGAGGUGCUAAAGGGCAUUGAAUGGGGGACGGUGUGUGAUGAUCGCUGGAACAUGCAGUCUGCUAGUGUGGUGUGCAGAGAACUGGGCUAUGGAUCUGCUAAGGAGGCCCUUACUGGAGCUCGAAUGGGACAAGGCAUUGGUCCAAUCUACAUGAAUGAGGUCCAGUGCACAGGUCAUGAGCGUUCUCUUUGGAACUGCAACUAUAAGAACAUUACUGCUGAAGACUGCAUGCACACUGAGGAUGCUGCAGUCCGAUGUAACGUGCCAUACAUGGGGUUUGAGAAAAUGGUGCGUAUCACAGGUGGUCGUACACCCUAUGAGGGCCGUGUGGAAGUGUUGCACACCAAUACUAAUGGAACGCAACACUGGGGUCUGAUCUGUGGAGAAGGCUGGGGUACCAAAGAGGCCAUGGUGGUGUGCAGACAGCUGGGCCUUGGAUACUCCAACCACGGCAUGCAAGUACGGCUGGUGGGGGGGCGGUCGGAGUUUGAGGGAAGAGUGGAGGUUUGGGUGGGUCAGCGCUGGGGCAGUGUGUGCAGUGAGGGCUGGUCCACCAAAGAGGCCAUGGUGGCUUGCAGACAGCUAGGGCUGGGUUUCAGCAUGCAUGCUAUUACUGAAACGUGGUACUGGGAUGGCAGUAACGUGACUAACAUGGUGAUGAGCGGUGUGAAGUGUACAGGAGACGAACUCGCCCUCAGCCAGUGCCAGCAGCACAAAACCGUCACCUGCCAGAAAACAGCCACAAGGUUCUCCGCAGGGGUUAUAUGCUCAGAGACUGCGUCUGAUCUGGUUCUGAACGCAUCUCUGGUGCAGCAGACGGGAUAUAUUGAGGACCGUCCGCUUCACAUGCUGUACUGUGCUGCAGAGGAGGACUGUCUGUCUAAAAGUGCUGCAAAAGUUAACUGGCCCUAUGGCCACCGCCGCCUGCUUCGCUUUUCCUCACAGAUCCACAACAUUGGUCGUGCUGACUUCAGGCCUAAAGCUGGACGCCACUCCUGGGUCUGGCAUGCAUGCCAUGGGCAUUAUCACAGCAUGGAUAUCUUCACACACUAUGACCUGCUAAGUGUCAAUGGCACCAAGGUGGCAGAGGGACACAAGGCUAGCUUCUGUCUAGAAGACAGCGACUGUCAGGAGGGUGUUUCCAAGCGUUAUGAAUGUGCUAAUUUUGGAGAGCAGGGCAUCACAGUAGGAUGCUGGGAUCUUUAUCGACAUGAUAUCGACUGUCAGUGGAUUGACAUUACUGACGUCAAACCAGGAAAUUACAUCAUGCAGGUUGUGAUAAAUCCCAAUUUUGAGGUGUCUGAGAGUGACUACACAAAUAAUGCCAUGAAAUGCAACUGCAAAUAUGAUGGUAACCGGAUCUGGUUUCAUAACUGUCAUACUGGUGAUGCAUUCAGUGAGGAGGCAGAGAGAAAGUUUGAGAAAUACCCAGGACAGCUCAAUAAUGAGAUCUCCUAAUCAAUAUCAGCAGAUCAUCUCAAACAUUUUACAUUUUAUUUUGGACUGGAUCAUAUACGGCAUAUUACCCAGGUUAAAGAGUAAGGAUCUCUUUUACUCUUUUCAUGUUCACACUCAAGGAACAGGCAAAGGUCUGACAGUGUGAACACCAAAGGAAAUCCCAGCGAUCACAUUCAUGGUGUUAGCAUCAAUGACCUGCCAUCCUGUGAGUCGCAAAGGUUCAAAUCCUGACCUUGUUAAGUAGUGUUUUAUUAUUAAAAAACAAUAAUACAGUUAUCAAACAUGUACCUCAUUUUUAAGGUAACGAAAUGGGCAUUAAUCUUUAAGAUAUAAUAACCGACAGGACAUUAACUAAUCUAGUGAUUCAGAGUGCGUCUCACACAUUUAUUAACUCCAGAGGCACAAAGUGUGUCUUCAAAAAAGUUUAAGACAGUAUCUUCAAAGUGUUACAGAAAAAAUGUAAGAGUUUUCUACUACUUGAAUAGUAUAUUUUCAUCACAUAGGAACAAUUUAGUUGAAACAGCUUUAUUUCAUAUGCACAGACGUUUCCAUAAUGUCAUUCUUACUGGUGGGCUUACAGAGACAGACCCUAUCAAAGUAAUGAAUGUUGUUUUUUGAAGUUUUAUUAAUGUUUUAUGCCAUUUUGGCUUUAGAAAGCAUUAUGUACUUUUCUGCAGGUACUGUAAAAUUGUUAUAUAUUCAUGUUAUAUUUUUUAAACAAAAACUUAUUUAUACUUUUAACUACAGGAAUCACACACAACUUUUUUUAAUUUAAUUAUAAGUACCAAAAUAAAUAGCUUUUUAUGACUGACUUCUGACAUUGCACAAUACUUGCUUUUUUUGUGUAGAGAAAAUCCUUAAGAGUAGACAUCUUAAAUGUCGUUAGCAUUUGAAAUAGUUUAUUUCUUUGAUCCAAAACUGUAGUAAAAUCUAUAUCUAACACAGUGAAAGUCAAAGAGAGCACUAAAUAAAACAUAAUGUACAGGUACAUUAGGAACACUCUAUGGUCUUCUAAAAAAUUAGAAACAUUUCUCCAACACUGUUUCAAACAUUGCCAGUUACUGCUACUUUGAGGGGAAAAAAUCAUGUUCGGGUAUAUUUUGAUGGCCGAAGACAAAAUUUAAACUUCCUCUUUCACAUAUACAGGGAUUGACAAGGUCAGUGAUAAGUGAAAUUAAGCCAUCUUUGCAAUCAUCUUAAAUUUUCUAGCUCAAAUUUGGUUCAUUUUUAAGAACAAACAAUAUUUUAAACAGCUGCAAGAUUAAAAGAUUAAAUAUAAGACAAAAAAAAAA